AUGAUCCGCGAAGCAUCACGACUCGCCGAGCAGGGAAGUGGCGGCCCGAGCAGCGGCAGCAUGCGGCGCUCCAGCCUCGCCUGCCGCCCGACCUGGGCUCCAGCGGCCGCGCUGAGCCGCCAGGGGAUGCCAGUGGCGCGUGAGCGCGCGCUGCGCGUGCUGGUGCUCGCGUGGUGCCUCGCCGCCCUCGUCACUCCCCUCGCCAUCGUCACCGUCACGGUGCCAAUGCAGACAUCGCAGGGUGAGACGCGCCGUGCCGCACGAAGCCGGGACUGCCAGACGACAUGGAACCUUGCUUACCGUGGCUGGGAUGGGCCGAAUCCCAAAUGCUUCGUCUCAGGAGACUGGACCGAUUCCGAAGCAUCCUUUGCUAAGGGCAUUGCAUGCGACGACACGGGGAUGAUCGUGGAUAUAGUUCUAGAGUACAAUUUAGUGGAAGGGUCUCUUCCGAAUUCCAUUGGCAACCUGAGAGAGCUCAGUUACCUUGACCUUUCUUUUGGUACGGUCUCUGGCUCAAUCCCAACUGAAAUCUUCACCCUAGCAAAGGUGACACUCCUCUACCUUGGACAUAAUAAGUUCACAGGCACAAUCUCCACUGCAAUUGGCAUGCUUACCAACCUGAUUAAAUUAGGCUUCGAGUCGAAUCAACUCAAAGGGUCAAUUCCCAGUGAAAUUAGCAAGCUCACGGCCUUGGACGAAUUAAAGUUUGCUGAAAAUCAACUUGUUGGCCCAAUCCCUGAUGGAAUCAGCGCUCUUACAGGCCUGACACACCUGGAUUUUGAGGAAAAUCAGUUAAUUGGCUCAAUUCCAUCUGGAAUCAGCAAUCUGAAAAAACUACAAGAUUUGAAUCUGGGAAGCAAUCAGCUUAAUGGCUCCAUUCCUGCACCACUUAGCGUGUUCACAGCACUAAACUGGUUGCGUCUGGAUAACAAUCAGUUCAACGGCUCCAUUCCUGCUACCCUCAGCUUAUUAAAAGGAUUGGAGGCCUUAUUUUUGAGCCGCAACAAGUUCACUGGAAAUAUUUAUUUCAGUUUGCGCCUGACUCAUCUGAGGUUCCUGGGUCUCAACAACAACCUCUUCAGUGGAUCCAUUCCUUCUGUCGUUGGCUCCUUUCGCGAUCUAGUAUUCUU